UCCAAGAGUGCAGAGAUGGCUUUGACUUUUGCCGUGCUACUCCUCCUUUGCGGGAUCGGGGGACUGAUGGCUUCCGCAAAGGAGUGCAAAGAUCGUUCUUGUCCAAAAGGCUGGUACCUGCUGAACGAUCGCUGUUUCAUGUUUGUAGAGCAGAGAAGGAUAUUCUCAGAUGCAGAGCAAGUUUGCAUCUUAAAAGGCGGAAACCUGGCUUCCAUCCGAAAUGCUCUGGAGAACGAGCUAGUCCUAGCAAUUAUAGACCAAGCGGGCUUUUCAGCCUCAAGCACCUGGAUCGGAUUCACUGACGCAAUUACGGAGGGCGAAUUCUUCUGGACUGAUGGCACCCCGUUCAAAUUCAAUGACUUUGGGGCUAUACAGCCAGACGACUUCGGUGGCGUAGAGGAGUGUGGAGAGAUUAAUGGCACAAAUCAAUGGAAUGACGACGAAUGCACCGAUCUGAACAACUUCAUCUGCGCCAAAGAUGUGUCCUGUGAACACUAAUCCUGUCCUCUCUUAUCCAUAAUGUUCUAAGACGACACCGAACUUCGAUGUAGUGUCCGUCGACCAAUAAUUAUCAUCGUCUUUUCUUCUUUUCCUUCAACGCGGUUCCAUGUUUCCAUGAUUGUCAGUCAAACUAAUUCGCAAGAUUCAACGAUUUUUCUGAAAUAAACAAGUUUAUCUGCC